UCCUAAGGCAAAGGUUGCGGGUUCGAUCCCCGUCGUCGGUAGUCGGUGAACUACGAGCGGUUAUUUUUUUUGUUCGUGGUGUUGGUCGCUGUCGAGAACGGUGACCGUCGUUGCACGCAAUUUUUGUCCUAAAACCUUGUCGAAUCGCUUGUCUUGUGAAGCCUCUCCUGAUAUCUUGGUGGAAUACCUUACAUUCGAUAUCAUCACGCGCGACACCGCCAUUAGUGAUAAUCUCCAUAAACCCGCGGGCCGCAGCCUGUCACGGACCACGGUGCACCCUGAUAAUCUUGAACAUCACACUUUCAUUCACACAAAUGCCUUCAGACGCUACCCCGUUGAUGAAGCUCGACCUUCCAUCUCCAGAGGAGUUCAGGAAGAGGAAAGUCGCAUUACUCUCAGGUAUAACCGGUCAGGAUGGCUCUUAUCUCGCUGAACUUCUCCUUGAGAAAGGAUACGAAGUACACGGUAUAAUCCGUCGUUCUUCCAGCUUCAACACCGGUCGUCUAGAAUCUCUCUACGCAGACCAACAUGAACGCCCUAACAAGUUCAAGCUUCACUACGGCGAUCUCUCCGACAGCACCAACCUCGUCUACAUCCUCGCCCAAGUCCUUCCCUCUGAGAUCUACAACUUGGGCGCCCAAUCCCACGUCAAAGUCUCUUUCGAGAUGGCAGAAUACACAGCCGACGUUGAUGGGCUCGGUACCCUCCGCCUCCUCGACGCAAUCCGCACAGUAGGGCUUGAGAAACACGCCAGGUUCUACCAAGCAUCCACUUCAGAGCUCUAUGGAAAGGUCGUCGAGACGCCCCAGAGCGAGACCACUCCGUUCUAUCCUCGCAGCCCGUACGGCGUCGCCAAGCUCUACGCAUAUUGGAUCACUGUGAACUACCGUGAGGCGUACGGUAUGUAUGCUUGUAACGGGAUCUUGUUCAACCACGAGAGCCCAAGGCGAGGGAGGACAUUCGUCACUAGAAAGAUCUCCAGGGCUGUUGCUGAUAUCAGCGUCGGAAAACAGCACUGUUUGUACCUUGGUAACAUCGAUGCGCAGCGAGACUGGGGACAUGCUAGGGACUACGUCGAGGGCAUGUGGCGCAUGCUCCAACAGCCCACCCCUGAUGAUUUCGUCCUCGCCACGGGAGAGACUCAUCCUGUGAGAGAAUUUGUCGAAAAAGCCUUUGCAAUCGUUGGAGUGACCAUAAGAUGGCGUAACUCUGGCGUGCAGGAGGAGGGGUACGACGAGAAAACCGAGCGAGUGGUCGUUAAAGUCGACCCGCAGUAUUUCCGUCCCGCGGAAGUGGACCUUUUGCUCGGCAACCCCGCCAAGGCCGAACGUGUCCUCGGGUGGAAACGCAAAGUCGACUUCGAUAGCCUCGUGAAGGAGAUGGUGAAUGCGGAUCUGAGGGCUACGAAGAGCCUUGUGGAAGACCAGAACUGAGUAUUGACUGAUGAACUCCAAG